GGCUCCGAUCCAAGACGGGGCACGGAGCGGCGCAGAGGAAAGCUACCGCCGGCGAUGGCGAGUUCGAACCCGGCGGUGGCGGAGGCGGCGGGCCAGCGGGACGAGCUUUCCGAGUCGCUGGCCGAGCUCUUCUCCAACGUAUCCGUCAUGGUCCGCGGCGAGCUCCAGGGGACUAACAAUCAGCUGGCUCUGCUUGAGAAGAUGAAUGACCGCGUAGCACAGGAAUACAGCAACUAUGGUGAUGUUGCUGCUGGUCUGCGAGUCUUUGUGGAGCAGCUGAACGAGAAAAACCGAGGCUUUGAGGAGUACGUUUCGCAGAUUGAUGCGAUUGAUCAACAGGUGACUGAGUUCGAGGCGGUGGUGUCCAUGCUCGACAAGCAUGUUGCCCUCUUGGAAAAGAAAGUAAAAUCCGCCUACCACAUUUCUCCUUCUACCCAAUGAUUCCUAAUCCAGAACUCUGGUUCUUUUGCCGACACUUGAGCUUAUCCAAGAGAUGUAUAUUAUAUUCUGGAUGAGGAAAUAACGCUGUAGAUGCUAAGUUUCCAGCAUUGCAAUGAUGCUGUCAGAUCCCAAGUUGUGCACUUUCGGGCAUUUGUUGCCAUUGCCACAAUACAGUGGCAAGUAGCCAGCAGCUGGAUUUUUGUCAGGAA